AUGUUUAGCGAGGUGAACCGCCUUCGCCGUAAGAUAACUCCAAGGCUGCGUGUUCAAUAUUUCCGAGGUUCAGAAAUAGACAUAGAGCGUUCUGUUACCAAGGAGACAACUGAAGCCCUCACUAGCGCACUGCAGUAUACAAAAAACCCUGCAACAAUGGCCAGGUCCCCCUAUCCUGGAGCACCAGCUGAAGACUUCAGGAGGUCGAGGAGGAUCAUUGCUGAAGAUCAAGACUGGUCCCUGACUCUAGUGCCUUGUUUAUCAGACCUCUGUCUGCAAAGCAUUGUGAGAAACUUUGAGGAAAAGCCCAUAUUUGAAGACCUUCGGCCGAUCCACAAAGACUUUGUGCAGGAGAGACUGUCUACUUACCUGCCUCUGCACAAGACAGCCAACUUGAUCAGCGAUGGUGUCUAUUGGAAGCGCUGCUGCAAGCAGCGGUGGGACAUUUGUGACCUCAAUCAUUAUGGCCACAGCUGGAAACAAAUGUUCCUUGAGAGGCACAUGGAGAACAUUAUUGAGCUUUUUAUCCCAAAUGUAACAGAGCUGAAGACAGUUCUAGAGAUGGUACCUCUUUGUAGGAACUAUGUGAAGAGGCUAAACAUCUCCCAACUCCUGCUACCUAUUAAGGAACCCCAGAAGGAGGAGGAUGAGGAAUAUAGUUCAGAGUUGGCAAUUGACAAUGAGGACAGUGGACAGUCUAUGGACCACUUUGACUUUAACAUCCUGCUCAACAAGCUGACCAAACUGGAAGAGCUCCAUUUAGUGUACAGGGUCAAACAAUGUGGUAUGAACUUUGAAUGGAAGAUGUUUGAGAUGACCGACAGAGAUUGUGAGUCCCUCGCCAAGGCUCUUAUGUCCUGUAAGACUUUGAAGCUUCUGAAGCUCCAUCAAAGCCACAUUGAGGACAAAAAGUGCCGGCUGCUGGUGAAACACCUUUUGGACCACCCGUCCCUGAGGGAGCUCGACUUCUCUCACAACCUGAUCGGAGAUAAAGGAGCCAGAGCCAUUGGCAAGCUGCUCAACAGGAGUAAACUCGAGACACUGAACAUGUGUGACAACGAUAUUAGAGGCCCGGGAGCUAAAGCUAUAGCUCAUGCCUUGUCCAUGAACUCCACUCUUUUGUCACUCAACCUGCGUCUUAACUGUUUGAGAGAUGAGGGAGGGCAGGCUAUUGGUAAGGCCUUGCUGAAGAACAACACCCUGCUUCACCUGCACCUGGGAGGCAAUCAGGUAACAGGGCCGACUGCCAUCGCACUGUAUGAAGUUCUCAUUCAGAAUAACACCCUGAAGAGCAUCAACCUCUCCUGCAACAACCUGGGCGUGGAGGCAGGUAAAGCUCUGGGGGAGGCGAUGGCUCUCAACACCAGCGUGACAGAAUGUGAUAUCCGUCUGACGGAGGUAGACGAGCAGAGCGUUUCCUUCGUUAACGAGAUGGUUUGGAGGAACCAGAGUUUAGAACAAAAGAAACAAGCUGGAAAGGGUGAAACCCAGUUAACAUCAACAACUUCUCUUUGA